AAAUGGUGUCAGGCCGCCAUAACGCCUCGGGCGAUUGAUGGCGUCCGCGCGCCCGGAACCGAUUUUUAUGGAAUUUCGGGACAUCUUCUUGCUCAGAGUGGUUGCACAAGUUUUCAAAUGGGCACUGCUGCGUUAUUAAGUCAAAGUGAGCUACUUUUGCCACCAAAGUCACAGUGAUCACUGGGCGACUGUCGGUCACCAACUGAACCAAAAUGAGGACGGGACGCAGGUGCACACGCAGCCGUACACAGCCAAAAUUCGCUGGGCCUGCGUUCCUCGGCAAAUCGUACUACGCAUAUCGGCGGCGUGCGGCGGGCCGCGCAUCGCCAUGAACUCUGACAACCCGCUGAACAUUGCUGCCGAGACGAUUCACCAGGACAUCAGGAUGGAUUCCGAGGACGACGACGACGACAUGCUCUCAUCGGCAGGAUCGUACGACGACGACGACGGCCUGAUGACCUCGGGCAUGACCCAGGACGAGGUCACGGCGCAGCUGGCCGCCGCAGGCCCCGUCGGGGUGGCCGCAGCCGCCGCCAUCGCGUCGGCGAAAAAACGGAAACGGCCGCACGCCUUCGAGACUAAUCCGUCAAUACGAAAACGACAGCAGACGCGGCUGAUUCGAAAAUUGAAGCAAACGAUCGACGAGUACACGACACGGGUCGGCCAGCAGGCAGUGGUCAUGUUUGUCACGCCCGGAAAACCCAACAACAGCUACAAGGUGUUCGGUGCCAAACCGCUGGAAGAUGUGAUGCGCGCGCUGCGUGUACCGGUAAUGCAGGAGCUGGAGGCGGCGCUGUCGAGGCACGCGCCGCCGCCCGUCCAGGACGACCCGUCGCGGCACGAGCUGCCUCCUCUCGUCAUCGAUGGCAUCCCCACGCCGGUCGAAAAGAUGACCCAGGCACAACUGAGGGCGUUCAUACCACUCAUGCUAAAGUAUUCGACAGGCCGCGGCAAGCCCGGCUGGGGUAAGGACGCCACGCGGCCGCCCUGGUGGCCCAAGGACGUGCCCUGGGCCAAUGUGCGCAUGGACGCGCGCACUGACGAACAGAAGCAGAAGGUGUCGUGGACGCACGCGCUGCGGCAGAUCGUCAUCAACUGCUACCGGUACCACGGCCGGGACGACUUGCUGCCGGCCUUCUCUGACGAUGACGAGGUCAAAUCACUGCCGGGGAGUGGCAGCGGCACCGGCGGCAGUGCGGGAGGAGGGGGAGGCGGCGCGCCGGGAGGCGUCAUACGCACCGCGCCGCCCAAACUCAACCUGCAGGGACUGAACGUGCCCUCCCAGUACUCCCAUACGGUGGUACAGACCAUCAGCAACCCCGACGGCACCGUCAGCAUCAUCCACGUGGACCCCAACAACCCUGUCAUCACACUGCCAGACGGAACACAGGCGCACGUGCAGGGCGUCACCACGCCUUCGUCUAUGCUUCAGGCGGACGGCCUGGACGGAGACGGUGGCCAGACGAUGAACAUCGACCUGAGCUCUGUCACCGAGGCUACCAUCAAUGCCGAGGGACAUCUGGUACUCAACGGUGUCGGAGAUGACGCAGCGUUCUCGGCGGGCAACAUGGUGACGAUCCCGAUCAGCUCGUCCAUGUACCACACGGUGGUGGCCAACGUACAACACGUUCAGAGCGCCGACGGCCAGACUCUGCAGGUGUCCUCCGGGUGCUCCCCGGUCCACGUGGCGGAGGAGGCGUGCUCCCAGGACGUGAAGCCGGUCGUAGUCAAGUCAGCACCCAGCGGCGAUUGAGGCCGGCCACUCUAGGACUCCGUUUGUUACCUGCUGUAGAGUAGAAAUCCAGGCGCCGCCCCACUCAGCCCGGCCGCCACACUGGGCAUUACAUCUCAUCGACGUCAAACGGCGGCGGCGGCGGCGGUGGUGGCGGUGGCCCCAAGACAACGUUCAUGACAGAAGUGUUGACUGUUCAACGCGUCGUCGCGCGUCACUUCGAGAUUCUUAAUCGUGUCAUUCUCGGGUCAUUUGGCGUGCGUGGCGGAUCCGCGCGCUAUCGUGUCUAUGCAUGUGUGCGUUUACUGUGUGCCGGCACCGGCGGCUGCCCGGCCCCCCGGCGCCGCCGAGGCCAAUCUCAUCUCGUUCUCUACGCUCAUUGACGCCACUCUGAGGCGUUACUGUGCGUCCGACGUCACACGUCAUCUUCUCACGGUCGCUCGCGCACCCAUCCUUCAACAGUCAUCUGUGUUCAACGCUCGACGUGGCAUCGCUGCGUGGUCGCCGUCAUCCAUUUGUACUGUGCAGACCGCUGGCGACGGUCAGUCGGCCGGCGACCCUCCCAGCUUUCCGUGUUAGGUCGUGCUAGGUGAGUAGCUUUUCGUGUGCAAUGUGCCGAACGGAGGGCGGCGGCGCUGUAUUGAUGUCAGUGUCGCCGCCAGGGGACAGGACGUCUGCCCGGGACCGGCCAGACCCCUCACGGCGGUUUUGUUGACUGUCGGGCAGUUGUGACGGCUCCCAAAACAGCUUGGCCAUAUAUUGCCGUUGUACUUAAACUAGGAGUGCUUUGAAUUAACGAAUAUAUGUGGACGUUCUA